CUGCUUAACGAAAAAAGGGAAAUUUUUUGCAGGCAGCAGUAUUUGAUUGUCCCGCAAAGUGUGUUGUACGAUAACAGCAGUAAUAGAGAAAUAAGUUGCGUGUAUAAACACAGUGCUAAAUUAUAAAAUUUUUUUUAAAUCUUAAAACUAAACAAAGAAAUUUAAACAUGUCUGACGAAAAGAAGGGAUCUGAAACAGAACACAUUAACUUGAAAGUUUUGGGCCAAGAUAAUGCCGUGGUACAGUUCAAAAUCAAGAAACAUACACCUCUCAGAAAAUUAAUGAAUGCCUAUUGUGACAGAGCGGGUUUAUCUAUGCAAGUAGUCCGGUUUCGUUUUGAUGGUCAGCCCAUAAAUGAAAAUGACACUCCUACCUCCUUGGAAAUGGAAGAGGGUGAUACUAUUGAAGUUUAUCAACAACAGACGGGUGGCAGCAACAGCAACUAAUAACUUUUUUAAUAAUAAUAUAUUCUUAAAACAAAACAAAAAAAAUAAUACACAAAAUUAACUUUAUUCAUAAUAAAUAUAAAACAAACUCAUAAAAAUGGAAAAUAAUAGUUUUUAAUAUAUUUAACAAAAAUAUAACAAAAUGUCAUUAAAUUUAUCAACAAAAAAUAAUAGUUUACAAAUUUAAAAGUAUGGAAGCUACAUAAAUUCCCUCGAAUUCCAUGGCAUAUGUCAUGAAAAUCGAGGGUAAAAUGACGUUUAAAUAGUCUAGCAUUUUUACGAUAAAGAAUUUGUUUGUUUUAACCGACAUUUGAUUUCCAACAAGUUUCUUUCAAAAUUAUUGUAUUUCUAUGAAUUAUUUAAUCUUUUGUUACUUUUUUUUUUUACUGAUUUUUCACUAAAAACAUUUCUUGUAAAACCUUUAGUUCUUAAAGAAAAUCCGAUAGAAUCUAUGUUUUAGUAUUGUAAUUAAAAAAGAAUAGAAAUCCAAUAAUAAAGCCGAUUUGAUAUAUGGAUAAAAUACAA